AGUCGAAAACAGAUUCAAAUCAAAUUUAGUCCACAUUGGAGGCACUCAGCAUAACAAAUAUACAUACACAUAGUUUAAGUGUUAUACAGUUCAUUCAGACCAUUAUUUGCGCCGAUUGUCACUUGUUGGUAUCUGUCACACUUGAUUAUUCGGUUAAAUAUUUAUUUUGACUAACUAACUAGGAAAAUUCGUGAAAUUUGUGUGGGCACUCACAAUCAUCAUUCAACCAUCUCAUGCAUUGUUAGAAGUGUAAUCCUCUAAUUGCACUCAGGCAUAAUCGAUACACAUCAACACUGAAUUAAAUUCAAAGCGAAAAGACAAGUCCUCGCGAGAAAAAAAAGCAGGAAAAAUUCGAAAAAAGAUCAGGCGAUAAGAAAAAUUAUUUGCCUUUCGUUUCCAUUUCACUUAACCAAUUUCCCCCUAUGUGAUAUUAUUCAUUCAGUAUAUUGUUAUUGCACAAAUUCACAAAUCAAUAUAAGUUUAUUUAUUUCGGUUUCAUCUGAUAACGUUAUCAAUAUUUCUUUCUUUCUUUAUUAAGAUUUAUUUCAUUGUUGAAAUAUCAAAAGACUUAUUAUUAUUCCUCAAUAAUAAAGAAAAAGAGAUAGACCGUAUACAAAGGACAACUUUUUUUUACCAAUUUAACCGUCAAAGCAAACAAGAGUUCGUCGAAAACUGAUGAUGAAGUUUAAUUCGAUUUUUUGUGAUUCGAUUGCAAGAAUAAAACAAAAACACAUAAAAGUCGGCGCGUAACGUCGUACAUACACACACUCUUGUGGAUAAAUUGCAGCAAGUUCUUUUCUAUUCGCAUACUGUAAGCGCACAAGGAAAUUGUGUAAUAUGUUUGAUUUGAAACACAUACAUGUAAUUAGCUAUUUGAGUCAGUGCCGUUUCGAAAAUGCCUGGGGCUACAACGCGCAUCUAGCUGCUACGCAUACCAUCAAUAUAUGAAAGAAAUCAUAAAAUGAAAAAAAGGAGACACACACACAUCCGCUCAAAAUGAGAAGAGAAAACCAGUCGAAACAAAUAAGAUAAAAUGGAUAUUGUACAUUUAAAAUCUGAACCUGCGCUGAAUGUCUGGAUUUUCUAUUGAGAACAACAUUGAACGAAGAAUUUAUUUAGCGUUUUAACAAUUUAAAUUACGAAGAUUGUGCAAAAGUAUUGUGAUAGCCAUCUUAAUUUAGCAGCAUCAUUUGCCAGGCGAAAAGUUUCACAGUGGAUACAACGCUUUCACAUCAUUCGGUGUGUUUUCGAGACAAAAAAUAUUUUUGUCUCACAACCGAAUACAUUUCACUCGCACGCGCACGAGUUGCUAAUAAUUUCUAUUCUAGUCAUUCAUUUCGUGUCAUUUUCACCAGUUUUGAAGUAGUCUUCGAUCUACAAUCAUCAUAUACCGACAGAAGUUUGAAAAAAGGCGAUAAAAGUGUCAAUAAAAAACAAAGAAUAUUUACAAGACGAUAGUUCAAAAUUUAUUUGUUCCUGCGAACACCUUCACAUUACAUGCACGCAUUGAUUAGAAUUAGAAAAUUGUUUUGAUAAGAAUUUUUAUUACAAAAGCAAAGUGAAUUUAAGGUCGACCUCGUUGAUGAUACACGCGAAUGAUAUGUGUAAUUUAAAGUAGUUUAAAAAAAAAUACUGCGUCUAUCUAUGACGGCCACGGCAUUGUGUGAAAUCAUAGUGAAUUCAAAAUUUGAUCGGAGAAAUAAAAAAAUCAAGGAAUAUAACGUAUAGAGUCGAGAAGAGGCAUUUUUGGUGCCUCGGAUAAACAACAACAACAACAAAAAACCGUUGGAUCUCGCUCAUUCAACAACAAUUGUACUUACUCUUCAGUCGAUACAUAAAAAGAGUAUAAAAAAGGAUGGAACAUUUUGAACAACUUCUAACGUGCUGCGUUUGCUUGGACCGGUAUCGCAAUCCAAAAUUGCUACCGUGUCAGCACUCGUUUUGCAUGGAACCAUGUAUGGAAGGGCUAGUCGAUUAUGUGCGCCGACAAGUCAAGUGCCCCGAAUGCCGAGCAGAACAUCGCAUUCCAUAUCAGGGCGUCCAGGCCUUUCCAACCAAUGUAACUUUACAGCGAUUUUUGGAACUUCGCAUGGAAAUAACCGGUGAACCACCAGAUCCUACGUCUGGCCAGAUAAUGGAGCGUUGUAAUGUGUGCUCAGAAAAGUCGUAUUUAUCACCGUGUGCGCAUUGUGACAAAAAAAUCUGUGAGGAUUGUAAAAGCGCACACAUGGAUAUAUUGCGUCGUGAGAUCAAUCGCAUCAACAGUCAAGUACGGCGCGGGGUCAAUAGACUACAAGACUCUUUAGCUAUUGUGGAAAAAAAUACCUUAGGUUUACAAUCGAAUUGUUUAAGCGUGUCUGAGGAGGUCGAGGAGAUAUAUCGCCGUUUGGGCAAGGCACUCAAAGAUCGCACCGAUUUUCUGCGCACCGAAAUCGACCGAUAUUUAACAACAGAACUGAGAAACUUGACCACAUUAAAGGAAAACCUUGAUUUAGAAAUCGCAAACAUUCAAAGCAACUGUGAUGUUGCCGAUAAAUAUAUGAAUGAGAACAUUGAAUGGGAUGAUUGUGAAUUAAUGGACACGAAGGAGAUUUUCUUACGCACGGUUGAGUUUUUGCGUAGUUUUGAGUACGAAAAUACCGAUUAUACGAGACGUGUACGGUUCUUGAUGUCUAUCGAUCCAAAUCAAUUGGUUAUGAGUGUGAGUCGAUUUGGUGAGCUAAAUAUUACGCCGGCACCACAUUCAGCAGGAGUAAGUAGCGGCAGCAAUUCUUUACAACCACCCUCAGGACCGGGUCUAAUGCGAUCAAAAAGUGAUCAUCGCUUAGCAACACAAUUUAGACAGCAGCAAGAAGAGCGUGGAAUUCGAGAUGAAGACGAACCGGUGCUAUCUGGACGCAAAUUUGGUGAACGACCCAGCAGAAUGACGACCAAUGAUCGUUAUGGAAAUGAUGGCGGCAGCAGUCGAUAUUCAAGAGGGGGAAACGAAUAUGAUUACGGAAAUGAUUAUGAUGAAUCAUCGACCCGUUCCCAACCGAAAUCACGUUUCCGCUCACGAUUUGUUCGAAGCCAUCAACAAGACGACUCGGACACUGAACAAAACCGUGCCGUUCGUUUCCAUGAAAAGGAGAAGGAAAAAGAACGAGAACGUGUUUUGGACACUGAACAUGUUUCACGUGGUAAUUUGAGCGGUAUAAUUCGAUUGGCUGAUUCACCAAGAGUUAUGAAGCGACUUCAAGAAAGUGAUCGACCGAAGAAGGAAAAGAAGGAACCAGUUCCAACACCAGCCGCACCAAAACAACCGACAGUUCAACCAAAACGACCAACCACCAAUGCACCACCGGCUCAGCGUCAAAUGUCCGAAGACGAAAUCGAUCGCAUUAAACGACAAAACAAAGGUUCUACAUCGACUACCACUACUCCAGUCACACCAGCACCAGAACCAGAAAGACCUAUUUCUGAACGUGUUGCCGCUUUAAAAACUCGAACAACGUCAAACGUUAGCAGUACGGCCAGCGAUGAUAGUGAUAAUGGUUCAGCUACAUCACCUGUGCGUCGUACACCGCCCACACAUGCUGAGGCUGACACGGAAGAUUCUGAUGGUUCAAUAACAUCUCAUCAACAGCCAAUAAAAACAGUAAGCGCUGGUGCGCCGUCAACAGUAGCCAAAAAGCCGCCAACAACACGUUCUGGCAGUACGGACUCCACCACGUCCACUGAAAGUUCAGCAUCUUCCACAACGGUCACAUCAACCACACGGAAUGUACAGAGUGCCACAAAGCAAACGACUAAACCAGAAGUUCCACAAGUCUCUUCUAGGCCACGUGGCUCCAUUGAAUUGGUGCCAGAGAAGAAACCUUUCAAAAGUCGCUUCUUACCCAAUCAUCAAACAGCCAAAAAAGAUGAAACUGAAAGCAGUAGCAGCGAAGAAGAAACGACAAGCGAAGAAUCGGACAACGACGAAGAAGAACAAGUGCCAAAAAGCAGUAUGGCAGUGAAUGGUGCGACUCGUCGUGAUUCAUAUGCAAAUCGAAACUCCCAAUCGCGUGACUCACACGUAGAUCCAAUACGCAGCUCUCGCGAUGAACCACAUAAAUCUCGCGUGGGUGGCUAUAGUAGCCCGACCUAUGGACGUGACAGCGACGACUCAAAAUCCACUGCAAUUUCAUCACCACGAUCACGAGCAACCGCCCAACAACAUAACGAAUACGAAGAUCACGGUAGUCGCUAUGGACCAGGCAGUAGUAGCUAUCAAAGCCGAUUUUUGAAUAAAAGCAAAAGUUCGGCCGUGGUUGCAUUACAACCAUCGAUCGAUGAUGACAAUACUGGUGAGGAUUCGGAUAACAAAUAUGGAACGGGUCGUUCAAGAUAUUUAGCGUUAAAAGAGCGGCGCAAUCGGCUGGCCAGAAGUCGUUCAUCGCAUUUAAUGGGAAACGAUGAUGAGGAUAUCCUGGAUCAGCCAGUAUCACCGACCACAGCUAGCCCAAAUGCUUAUCUCGCUUCCAGACGCUAUGGUGCGACAGGAUUGUCAAGUGGGGCUGGAAGCAGCAGUGGCGCCAGUGAUCUUGCCCGCAGUCGAUCAUCACAUGCUUUGAAAGCACGUGAAGCAUCUCCACUACGGUCGGCAACGACGUCAAUCGCAAAUGACGAUAAAGAUGGAGCUGCACUGAGCUCCUGGGCACGGUAUUUGAAGAACAAAUACGGUCAGGGUAACCGAUCAAAGGACUCGUCACGCGACGUUAACUCAUCAACUGCUAACACUUCAACAGCAGGUACUAGUAGUACCAGUGCAAACUCAAGACGUUUAAGUCUCGGCCUACCUUUGCGCCAAGCAAACGAAAUCGCAAGCUCUGAUGACGAUUCAAAAAACGGGCCAGGCUCCCCUACCACUACGGCGGCAACCGGUAUAACGGGCGUUCCAGGUAUCUCACCUAGAACGCAAUACCUGCAGAAGAGACGCCAAUUGUUUCAACUUGGUGGCCGGGGGAGUGAGCCAGGAUGUUUUACAUGGCCAAGAGGCAUAGCUGUCGGGCCAGAUAACAGCAUUGUCGUGGCGGACUCAUCGAAUCAUCGAGUCCAAGUUUUCGAUUCGAAUGGAAUUUUUGUUAAAGAAUUCGGUCAAUAUGGAAAUGGAGAGGGCGAAUUCGAUUGCUUAGCUGGUGUUGCAGUCAAUCGCAUUGGACAGUAUAUAAUAGCAGAUCGUUACAAUCAUCGGAUUCAAGUAUUGGAUCCACAGGGUAGAUUUUUACGUUCAUUUGGAACACAAGGCAUAGCCGAUGGCAAAUUUAAUUAUCCUUGGGGCGUUACGACUGAUGCUCUCGGCUUUAUUUACGUUUGUGAUAAAGAAAACCAUAGAGUACAGGUCUUUCAGUCAGAUGGCACAUUUGUUGGUAAAUUUGGAACGUGUGGAAAAGAAGAGGGAAAUCUCGAGCAUCCUCACUACAUUGCCGUGUCCAAUACGAAUCGCGUAAUUGUUUCUGACUCCAACAAUCAUCGUAUACAAGUAUUCGAUGUGAACGGACGCGUCUUAUCAACAUUUGGAAACGAAGGCUCUGAAGAAGGUCAAUUCAAGUUUCCAAGAGGCGUUGCGGUGGACGAUCAAGGUUAUAUUUGUGUUGCCGACUCUGGUAAUAAUCGCAUUCAAAUCUUCCAUCCAGAUGGAAGUUUCCUGCGAGCCUUCGGCUCCUGGGGUUCAGGUGAUGCUGAAUUCAAAGGUUUAGAAGGUGUUGCUAUCAUGUCAAAUGGAAAUAUAUUGGUUUGCGAUCGAGAAAAUCAUCGCGUCCAAGUGUUUUAAUUAUAACGCAAUGAUGUAUUGAAGAUUUUAAUUUGAUUACAAUCCAAAUGCAGUCGAGAGAAAGAAAAAAACCAAAACAAUAAUAAUGAUCAAAAAAAAUUAAAAAUUGAAAACAGAUACAGGAACAAUGAAGCUCAAAAUUGAUACUUUUACAGGAAAAUGCUGAUUCUUUUAUCAUAGGUAUUUACAAUUUUUUAGUCAUGCUUUGCAAAAUAUUGUACAGUUUACUUUAAAAUGUUGGAAAGAAAAUAAGUCGAAUUUUCCGGCGUGAAAAUUUUGAUUUUAUUUCUGUGCGAAUUCAGUAAAUAUUUAAAAAAUAAAACAAAAAAAAUGUAAAAAUUUUACUAUUGUUGAAUAAAGAUUUGUUUACAAAAA